AAGUAUUGAUUGAAAGUUCAAGUUAUUGAAUCAAACUUAUAAAUGAUUUCUGUGAUUGUGCUUUCAUCUAUUUUGUGCGGAUGUUCUGUUGUAUUAAAUCUUAUCGUAAUUUUAACAGUUUCAAAAAAACGGUCAAAAGAUUUACGUCACUUAAUUUUAAUGAGUCUUGCUCUGUGUGAAGGAAUGAGUAUUACAGUAUGGUACCUUAAUUAUGUGUAUAGUUACUUUCACAAACACGAACCAUUAACUAAAAAAUUAUGUGGAAUCAGUGGGUUUAUUGAGUUGUAUUUAACUAUAACCGCAGUUUCGCAUUUAGUAUGGUUAUGCAUCUACCGUUUUAUAUCAAUUUCGCAUCCCCUAAAAAUACAUUAUUUCUUUGUUGAUACAAAAAGAAGAGUGUUGUAUUUUAUUUUACCUUGUUGGAUUUAUGGUUUAUUUUGGUCGUCAGCUCCUUUAUUUGGCUGGAUUAAAUUAGGGGAAGAAAACUCAAGUUAUUAUCGCUGCACAGUAAUAUAUUAUCCGGAUGAAUUUCUAAAACGCAGCUAUCUGUUUGUUUUUAUAGUAUUUUUCUAUUUUAUGCCUUUAAGUGCAAUUUCUUUCUUUACAUUAAAAGUGCAUUUAGAGCUUCGAAGUAUGCUGAAGCAAUGUAAAAAGGUUUCGGGAAAUAAUGCGUUAAUUACUAAAGACACUUAUAAACUUGCACGACAAGAUUUUAUUAACGCGUGUCUUAUUGUGGCAUCAUUUGCUAUUGUAUGGAGCCCAUAUGCCUUAUGCGUUUUUGCUUUAAGCCUCGGAUAUAAAAAACUAAAAGGGUUCUUAUUUUUUUGUGCUCUGUUCUCUAAAUUAUCUACAAUAUUUGAUCCAAUCAUUUAUUGCCUAGUGUACAAAAACUUUAGGGAAACUUUAAGAAGAGAUAUAAAAACAAUUUUUAAAGUUGCAGCUGUUGCACCACAAUAGUGAAUUUAGCAGGCAACAGUAUAACUCAAAAUCUUUUAAAUAUUAGAACGAUAAAGAAUCUUGUAGUUUGAAAAG